CAAGUGCCAACCAGUUACCUUCAAGACUCACCAGCUAAGGACUUAGGUUAGGUGGUGGUUUCACAUCAUGAUUCUUUCCAUGCACCGGCACUGGCUGAUUUUUUGGCGCUAGGAAGGUGCAACACGACGCCCAACACUUGCCGAAGUCUGCGAGUGUGACCUGCUGGAACUGAUCAGCAACUGAGGACAGCCAGUGGGUAGUCGAUCUAGCACCAUCUCUAUGUAGGGUCAGCAGUUUAUCUCUCUUUCAGGCGUUCGGCCAGUUCAGUAAAGUAGUUUGGAAAAAUCAGGCGAGGAGCCUUUGAACAGACCUAACAUGGCUUUGCCAGGAAUGGCCGGCAACGUCCGUUACUAUAAUCCCACGCGGCGAGACGUCCCGCUUCGCCUGGACCAAGAACGUAUGAUAGCGCAGCGGCGAGCCCGUGAAGCCGAGCAGCGGUCGACUUGGGCAAGUCAUUCAAACUAUUUCCAAUCUGCCGACGUUCGCUCGGCGAAGACAAACCAAUGGUCGUCAGAGCGGAGCUUCGGAGAUAGCAUUGCAGCAUAUGAAUCUCGCUACACUGCGGAAGAGAAACAAAAAAAGCUUGCUGACCGUCGGCAGAGGCUUUCUACCCUGCUCACGCAGGAGAGGGAACUUUACGAGGAUGAGCUUCGCGGUGUAAAGGGCACACAGUCGGACCAAUUCAGGGAGAUGAAAGACAGAGUGGAUACACUACGAAGUAGAAGAGAGGAAGAGCGUAAGAAGCUUGCUCAAGCCAAAUUCCAACAGCACUUCGAUGAGAACUGCCGAGAACUGAGACAGCUCGAAUCACGGCAAAUGCAGCGCGACACCGAGGCUACAUGGGAGGCUCAACAGCUGGAGCGACAAAGUAGGCUGCGCAAAGACGAGGAGGAGCGUAGAAGGUAUGAAGAGGAACAAGAAAGACAACGGCAGUGGCAGGAAGCUGAGCAUGCUGCCCGAGAGAGAAGUCGUCAAAGUGAACGAAGGGCUGUUGCUGAGGAACUUCAAGCACAGAUGAGGCAGUUGAAGCUCAAGGAUCAGGAGGCAACACGACUUAAACAGGAGCAACAUGAACUGCUAAUGGAGCGGAAGGCGAUCAUCGAGGCUGAGGAUGAAAGACAAAAACUUGAGGAGCAACACAAGCAAGCUGAAUAUGGACGUCAGCUAACUCGUCAGUACAAAGCACAACUACGGCGAAAGUCACGGCUGGUCCAGGAAGAGUUGGAGCUGGACAUGCAGAUAUUGAACAGAAUGCUGGAAGAGGAGAAGUAUGUUGCCCAAGUUGAGACUUCAAGGCGGGAAAAGGCUCGUACCGAUGCAGCAUGGAUGAAAGAGGUUGUGGCUGAACAGCUUGCACUUGAGAAGCAACGCGAGGAAGAAAUGGACCUGCUCUACCGAGAGGAGGCCGAGCGCGAGUGGAGGAAGCACGAGCUCCAGUGGCAGAAAGAGCGUGAAGCGCGCCAGCGUCUGAUGAAGCAGGUGUUUGAGGAACGGCAAUCUCAACUCAGUGAAAAGCUGGAGUCGGUUCAGCGCCAGCAGGCCGAGUCCGUGGAGGAACGGGAGAGGCUUCUUGAAGACAUUGCCAUUGCAGAGCAGAUGACGGCGAGAGAAUCAAAGCACGAAGCGGCCAUGAGGAGGCAGAGGGAGCGAGAGCUCGAUGAGCAGAUGAGAGAAGCACAAAGUCGAGCAGAGUUGGAGAGGGAAAUGGAAGAGCUAGAUCUACAAGAAGACAGACUGGCUGAAGAAGAGUACUCUCACCGUGUCCAUGAUCGACUGACGGCCCGAACAGCUCAGCCCUAUGCCCCUAAAUCCUUCGGUCGACGCAAGGUGGCAUGGCAGUAGAGGCAUGUAGAGACACCAGCGUUUGAACUGAGCAACCUCGUACACAUGCAUCAUUGAACUUGACCUGAGCUGCACUUCGAUAUCCAUCAUAUGAUUAUUGUAGUACUUGCAGCAUUGAGAAUGAGCAGUAGAGCUGAUAAACAAUGCCUUCAUUACUACCUUCAUUCAUGUUUGACUGAAUUACCACUGAUAAGAUGUAACUGUAGAUCUAAAGUAGUGCGGUGACUUCAAAGUUCCUAGACAUGGGUGUGAACUCAGAGAGUGUAGAAAAGAAUUCUAUAACUGGAUUGAACAACUGUCGAGUACAUUUUAAAAGAAUAAAUAGCUUUUCAUUAUCAACAAUUCAACAUCAACUCGCCACAUGUUAUGUUAUGUU